AUGGAGCCGUUGAUGCGCUCUUUUCCACCUGACAUGGCACUGUCCAACGAAAGAGGGGACAUGAACCGCCACCAUGCUGCUUCGGCUUCGGAUAGCGGGGUCGUUACGAGAGCGGCCCACGAUUAUCAGCAGGUACCUCAGAGCUAUCACGGCUUCGGAGAUGAGUCAAUAUGGCAAGACUUCAGUUCUAAGAAGCGAUCCGCAGAGUAUCAUCUCAAUAAAGUGAGCGAAUGUUUGUACUCUCUCGAGGGCCCAGAUGGUGAAAUCACAGUGAUGGAACGUCAGGAUGUUGUUUGUCUUGGCCAGCACGAUGUGAACAGAAAUAGCCAGUGCCCGUGGCGGCUCAAGGUCGAAUAUGACAAAGCCACCCGUGACCUAAUUGCUAUGGAGAACAUCCUCAACAUACUUAAGUCCAGCAAUUCGAGUACAGCUGAGGUUGGAAGUCAUUUUGUCAAAGCAGUAACGUCUCUGACUAUUUUUUCGGGAUCCUGCUUUAUUGCCAGUAAGAAUCACGACCAGAUUUGGGGCACUGGAGCUCUGGCUGGAGCUCUGGUUGGAGGGUACUGCAUGGCGAAAUCAUCCUAUCGUGGAACCUACGGAUACCUUCGGACGACAGCUUUAGAGAGAUGUCUAAGAAUUGUGACAUCUUUAAGGAACCGACUUCAGCAUCGUGCGCCCGAGAAGGAAGAUUGUACUUCUUUUAAAAGUUACUGGUUUUCUGUGUUAGAUCUGUUCAGGCCUGAAGAUGGGAUGGAUGGAGACGAUGUGUCUGCCAAUAUCCGACAUGCACCUCAAAACUCAUAUCUUGCUGCUGGAUAUCGCAAUGAUACUCGUAUUUACACUAUUGAAUAA